AAUUGUCCAAUAAAAAACGACGAGGGUUUUCGCAAAUCACUUUCUGCAAUCCCGCUUUCAUCAUUCACUUUGACGUACGACGCAGCGUUCGCCGCUCGAUUCCUCUCCUCCGGCGAUGCGCCGCCUUAUCGUCCUUCGAUGUUCUAUCGUCUGCAUCGACCAUUAAAAUUCUACCUUCAGAUUUUGUCCUGUUUUCCCUGCACUGUUGGCAACCAUCUUUUGUCUCCUUUGAUUCUUGGCAAUUAGUUUUGUGAUAUGGCCUCACCUGACCGGGUAAGAAGUUCUACAAAAUGGGAGGUUGGGGAAGAUAUGGAGGUAAACAUUGACACUAUGAGGGAUGAUGAAGACUGGGAUGGUGAUGAUAAGAGGAAGCAACCUGAUAUCAUGGAUGGUAGUGGCAGGAAAAGAAGUGUAUCUGACUCGUAUGGAAAUCGAAAGAGAUCGGGUGAAUCAAGUAGAGCUGACAGUGAUCCAGAUGACUAUGAAACCAGAAAAGAGUCACGUGCGAAGCAGUUGAAGAAAACUGCAGAAGAGAAUACAUUGGAUGUAUUGAGCACUUGGUAUCAAGAUGGAGAAUCAGAAAACAAGAUUGAAGAUGGGGACAAACCUGGAAGUAAGGGAUAUGGUCGAGAUGAAGAAGCCGACAAGAAGAAAUCAACUUCAAAAUACUCAGAACACAACAUAGAUGGGGAAAAGUUGCAUGGAAGAAAUCACAGGAGAAGAUGGGAUGAGCCUGACAGUGUUGCAAAAACUGCUGAAUUUGCAGAAAGUGCAGAUGUAAAAAGUGGAAAGUCUUCUGAUUCUAAGCUUGGAAGUUUGAAUGAAAGAGAGAGAAGUGAGACUUUGGAAAUUGAAUCGAAUGACAUAAGACUCAAGGACUUUGAAUCAAUGAAUGAUGAAAGUACCAAGUCUCUUGAAAGAGAGGAUACAGAAAUUGAUCUAGAAAGGAGCAGGAGAGGAAAAUCUGAAUAUGUUGAGGAAGAUAAUAAGGGAAUCUCAAAACAUGAAGAAGUAUUAAAUAAAGAGAGAUCUGACGAGCAUAGACAGCCAAGAAAUCCCUUACGUGGUGAUAUAAAAGAUGGUAGUUUAAGGCCCCUAAAUGCUGAUGAGGAUGUUAAUAUGUGGACAAAAGACAAAAGUAGGAGAGAUGGAGAGAACUCGGAUAGUUCUAGAAUUCCUGAGAAGAUUGGAAGGCGGCAGUUUGAAUCAGAUAGUUUAGAUGCGGAUUACGAAAGAAGCAGUUCUCAUAGGCGGAAGGAGCUGGGAAAAGAUGGCCCUUGGAAUGAUAGAUCAAAAGGAAGAGAUGAUAGUUGGGGCGACAGAAAGAGGGACCGGGACAUUGCUAAAGAUACAUGGAAAAGAAAAGAUAAGGAAUCAAGAGAGAAUGAAACAUAUGACGGAAUCAGGGACUGGGAGUUACCUCGUCGAGGACGUGACCGAAUUGAUGGUCGCUCUGGUAGUAGAAAAGAUGGAAACAGGACAGAAGCAGUAAAAAUUUCAUCAAAAUAUGGAAUAUCGAGUGAUAAUUAUGAUGUCAUUGAAAUCCAGACAAAACCAUAUGAUUAUGCAAGAGAAGAUUCAAGGUCAAAUUCUGCAAAAAAUAGUGAAGCUGUUCCUCAAUCUGACUCAAAACAGGCUCCUGAUGCUGAAGGGUUUUCUUAUUCAAGGGAGGAUGGGUCAAGAAACUCCCUUGGGUCUGUCCAAGCUGGUCAAGAUACAAAAGAUAAAUCCAUAGAUGGCAAUGUUGCAGUGCAGGAGAAUCAUUCCUGGAGAGAUGAUAAUGACCAUAAUACUGAGAAAUCUAGAGGUCUCUCCACCCGUGGUACUAGCAGCCAAAAUUCUAGUGGUGGCUCUGCACCUCCAAGUGGAAACCAAGAGCCAGGUUCUUUUAAUAGAAGUUCUCAAGGUGGCCGUGGAAAUAGAACUGGGAGAAGUGGAAGGGGUGGUAGGCCUUCUGGAAGAGAGGGUCAUCAAGCGGGUGUUCCACUGCCCAUGGUAGGAUCACCUUUUGGACCACUCGGAUUGCCACCUCCUGGACCAAUGCAAUCCUUACCACCUAACAUGUCCCCUGCACCUGGGUCCAUUUCACCUGGAGUAUUCAUUCCACCAUUCCAACCAUCCGUUGUAUGGCCAGGAGGUCGGGGUGUUGAGAUGAAUAUGCUUGGUGUUCCACCUGGUCUUCCUCCUGUUCCCCCAGGACCCCUUGGACCUAGAUUUCCUCCUAACAUGGGAAGUGGACCAAAUAGUGCUAUGGGUUUCAAUCCAUCUGGGCCUGGAAGAGGAAUGCUUUCCAGUAUGCCUGGUCCAAAUUUCAAUGCCAUACCUCCAGUUGGUCAGGGUCCACCUCAAGAUAAAGCUUCAGGAGGGUGGGUUCCUCCUAGAAUCAAUGCUCCCCCUGGCAAAGCUCCGUCUAGAGGAGAGCAAAAUGAUUAUUCUCAGAACUUUGUUGACACUGGUAUGCGGCCACAGAAUUUCAUCAGGGAACUAGAGCUCACUAGUGUGGUUGAGGACUAUCCAAAGCUUCGGGAGCUUAUACAGAAAAAGGAUGAGAUUGUUGCAAAAUCUGCUUCUGCGCCAAUGUACUACAAGUGUGACCUGCGAGAGCAGUUGCUUUCACCAGAGUUCUUUGGAACAAAAUUCGAUGUCAUUCUUAUAGACCCACCAUGGGAGGAGUAUGUUCAUCGGGCUCCUGGUGUCCAAAUGGACCAUUGGUCAUUUGAAGAGAUAAAGAAUUUGAGGAUUGAGGCAAUCGCUGACACUCCAUCUUUCCUUUUCCUUUGGGUGGGUGAUGGUGUUGGUCUAGAGCAAGGCCGACAAUGCCUAAAGAAGUGGGGAUUUCGCAGAUGUGAAGAUAUAUGCUGGGUGAAGACAAAUAAAACAAAUGCAACUCCAGGCUUACGCCACGAUUCCCACACUCUGUUUCAGCGGUCCAAGGAACACUGCCUGAUGGGCAUAAAAGGGACUGUCCGCCGCAGUACAGAUGGUCACAUAAUCCAUGCCAACAUCGACACAGAUGUGAUCAUUGCUGAGGAACCUCCUUAUGGUUCCACUGCAAAGCCUGAGGACAUGUACCGUAUAAUUGAGCAUUUUGCCCUUGGUCGAAGAAGGCUUGAACUUUUUGGCGAAGACCAUAACAUUCGUGCUGGUUGGUUGACAGUUGGUAGUGGGUUGUCCUCGUCAAAUUUUAAUUCAGAGACAUACACCAGGAACUUUGCCGACAAGGAUGGUAAAGUUUGGGCUGGACUGGGUGGGAGAAACCCACCCCCGGAAGCCCCUCACCUUGUCCAAACAACCUCCGACAUAGAGUCUCUUCGGCCCAAGUCUCCAAUGAAGAACCAACAGCAGAUGCAGCAACAGCAGUCGGCAUCCAUCGCCUUAACAGGAAAUCCGAACAACAAACGCCCCCCGACAGGCAACCCACCACAAAACCUCAACAUGCUUAAUCCACACCAAGAAAUUUCAGGCUCCAACAUGCCGUCUCCUGCUCCAUGGGCGUCAGCAAUGGAGCCGCCAUUGUUCAAGGGACGAGAAGGCCCGGCGCAUCUGGCAGCGUCGGAAGGGCAGAUGUUCGAUAUGUACGGGUACAAUGCGGCGGCAGCAUUUGGUCCGCCGCCUCCCCUUCCUCUUCCUCUUCCCCUUCCCCUUCCACUUCCACUUCCUCCCCCUGGUGGAGGGGAGUUUUUAGAUUAUGAGUCCCACAGAGGAAUGAAUAUGCUGUAGCAGUGGUGGCAUGUUGUGUGCAACCAGUUAUUUUCUUUGGUCUA